AUUUUCUUGAUUGUCAUGAAAAUCCCUCCAAAGAAACCUCAUUUUUUCAAGCCCAUUCAACCAGGUUUCAAGAAUGGUCUUAAAAUUCCUGUGGAUUUCUUGAAGUAUUUGAAGGGAUAUGAUCAGCAUGAACAUGCAAUACUAAAAAGUGAUGGUAAAAAGUGGCAGGUGAAACUGAAUGACCAGCUAUUGGAAGAGGGCUGGGGAAACUUUGUUGAGGAGCAUGAUUUGCAAUUGGGAGAUUUGUUAUUUUUCAGACAUGAAGGAAACAUGGAAUUUGAUGUUUCUAUAUUUGAUUCAAGUCAUUGUGAUAGAGAAUAUGCAGAGUAUAUGCAAAUAGGAGAACAAGAAGAACAGACUUCCAAGAAAUUUGAAUUCAAUGUUUUUCCCAAUGCAGAAGCUGCUACUCAAAGGCCUUUGGGUCAAUCUCAUUUUGUAUUUACGGUUAAACCAUAUUGCCUUACAAAUGGUUACUUGCGCCUUCCUAAACAAUUUGCAAAGGAAAACUGUCUCAGCAAUAAGAAUUGUGAUGUGAUUAUUAGAGAUGAAAGACAAAGGUCAUGGAAUUUAAGGCUAACUGCCUACGGUUCUCAAGUCUAUAUACUAGGUGGAUGGAGUGAAUUCCGUGUUGCAAAUGGCUUAAAGAAGGGAGAUCGCGUAAUGUUUGAAGUUGUCAGUGAUGGAGAGAAACCAAUUUGGCAAUUUCAUGAGUAUUUGCAAGAAGAAGAAAAAGAAGCCCAUACGGUUGAAGACACUUCCAAGGAAUUCAAAGAAGUUGCUACUCACAACCCUAUUGGUCAAUCUCACUUUGUUUGCACUGUUAAACAAUAUUUCCUUACACAUGGUUACUUGCGCAUUCCUAAUAAAUUUGCGAAGGCAAAUGGUCUCAUCAACAAGAAAUGUGGUUUGAUUAUUAGAGAUGAAAGACAAAGAUCAUGGAAUUUAAAGCUAUAUACCUCUUGUUCUCAAGUCCAUCUUGGAGGAAGAUGGGGUGCAUUCCGUGUUGCAAAUGACAUAAAGGAGGGAGAUCAAAUAAUGUUUGAGGUGGUUACUAAUGGAAAACAACCAAUCUGGAAAUUUCAUGGAGAAGAAACCCAUACUGUUGAAGGUAACAUCUUUAGAGUCCAUGAGUUUAUACUUGAUGAAUUUGCAGAAGCUGCUACUCACAACCCUGUUGGUCAAUCUCAGUUUGUAUGCACUGUUAAACAGCAAUUCCUAACAAAUGGUUACUUGCGCAUUCCUAGUGAAUUUGCAAGGGCAAACGGUCUCAUCAACAAGAAAUGUGAUUUGAUUAUUAGAGAUGAAAAACGAAGGUCGUGGACUUUAAAGCUGUAUACCUCUCGUUCUCAAGUCUAUAUUGGAGGAAGAUGGGGUAAAUUCUAUGCUGCAAAUGGCAUACAGGUGGGAGAUCAAAUAAUGUUUGAGGUUGUUACUAAUGGAGAACAACCAAUCUGGAAUUUUCAUGAGUGUGCAGAGUAUUUGCAAGAAGAAGAAGAAGAAGCCGAUACUGUUGAAGAGACUCCCAAGAAUUUUGAAUUCAAAGGAGCUGCUACUCACCACCCUAUCAGUCAAUCUCAGUUUGUUUGCACUGUUAAACAGUAUUACCUUACAAAUGGUUACUUGCGCAUUCCUAAUAAAUUUGCGAAGGCAAAUGGUCUCACCAACAAAGAAUGUGGUUUGAUUAUUAGAGAUGAAAGACAAAGGUCAUGGAAUUUAAGGAUAUAUACCUCUUGUUCUAAUGUCUACAUUGGAGGAAGAUGGAGUCAAUUCCAUGCUGCAAAUGACAUAAAGGUGGGAGAUCAAAUAACGUUUGAGGUUAUUACUAACGGUGAACAACCAAUCUGGAAUUCUUAUUUUGACCAACCAAUCUGGAAAUUUCAUGACAAACCAAACCUCACCAUCAAGUCAUCAAGCAAGGCAUUUCCCCCUGUAGAAGCUGCUACUCACAAGCCUUUUGGUCAUUCUCGUCUCAUAUGCACUAUUAGGCCAUAUUGCCUGAAGUAUGGUUACUUGUUCCUUCCAAGACAGUUUGCACUCGCAAACGGUCUAAUCAGCAAGAAAUGCGAUUUGAUUAUUAGAGAUGAAUGGCAAAGGUCAUGGAAUUUAAUUUUACGUCCUUUUGGUACUGGCGUGUGUAUUAGAGGUGGAUGGCAUAAAUUCCGUGAUACAUAUUGCUUAAAGGAGGGAGAUCACAUAAUGUUUGAGGUGGUUACGGAUGGACAGAAACCAAUAUGGAAAUUUCAUGGACCUGACGAGAUUCCUGGGGAAUUUUGGAAGAGUGCGGGUCCGGCAGGUUUGGAGUGGCUGACUAGGUUGUUUAAUGUCAUCUUUAAGACGGCAAUGAUGCCUGAAGAAUGGAGGUCGAGUGUAAUGGUCCCUCUAUACAAGAACAAGGGAGAUAUCCAGAGUUGCAACAACUAUAGAGGUAUCAAGCUGCUAAGCCAUACUAUGAAAGUGUGGGAAAGGGUGGUGGAAAUGAGGGUGAGGAAAGGCGUGUCUAUUUCAGAGAAUCAGUUCGGAUUCAUGGCGGGACGCUCAACUACAGAAGCCAUCCAUCUUGUGAGGAGAUUGGUGGAGCAGUAUAGGGAGAGGAAGAGGGACUUACACAUGGUAUUCAUAGACCUAGAAAAGGCUUACGACAAAGUUUCAAGAGAAAUCCUAUGGAGAUGCUUGGAGGCUAAAGGUGUACCUGUGGCGUACAUUAGGGUGAUCAAGGACAUGUAUGAGGGAGCCAAAACUAGGGUAAGGACAGUAGGAGGAGACUCAGAGCACUUUCCAGUUGUGAUAGGGUUGCAUCAAGGAUCAGCUCUUAGUCCGUUCUUAUUUGCCUUGGUGAUGGAUGGAUUGACGCGGCAAAUUCAAGGUGAGGUGCCAUGGUGUAUGCUUUUCGCGGAUGACAUAGUCCUGAUCGAUGAGACUCGUAGCGGAGUUAACGCUAAGCUGGAGGAUUGGAGACAAACUCUGGAGUCUAAAGGGUUUAAGCUGAGUAGGACCAAGACAGAGUACUUAGAGUGUAAGUUUAGUGAAGCACCUCAGGAGGCUGGCUUGGAAGUGAGGCUUGGGACCCAAGUCAUCCAGAAGAAAAGUAGUUUCAAGUAUCUUGGGUCUAUUAUGCAAGGCAGUGGGGAGAUUGACGAUGAUGUCACACAUCGUAUUGGGGCAGGGUGGAUGAAAUGGAGGCUUGCUUCCGGAGUGCUAUGUGACAAGAAGGUGCCACCACAACUUAAGGGAAAGUUCUACAAAGUGGUGGUUAGACCGACUAUGUUGUAUGGGGCGGACUGUUGGCCAGUUAAGGUUUCUCACGUUCAAAAGAUGAAAGUUGCUGAGAUGAGAAUGUUAAGAUGGAUGUGUGGCCACACCAGGAAUGACAGGAUUAGGAAUGAGGAUAUUCGGGACAAGGUGGGAGUGGCCUCGGUGGAAGACAAGAUGCGAGAAGCGAGAUUGAGAUGGUUUGGGCAUGUGAAGAGAAGAGACACGGAUGCCCCAGUGCGGAGGUGUGAGAGGUUGGCCAUGGAUGGUUUCAGACGAGGUAGGGGUAGGCCAAAGAAGUAUUGGGGAGAGGUAAUUAGACACGACAUGGCGCAGUUACAGCUUACCGAGGACAUGACCUUAGAUAGGAGGGUUUGGAGGACCCAUAUUAGGGUAGAAGGCUAGUAGAUAGUCUCAUUACCCUGCCUUAUUAAUAGUCGCAUUAUCGUAGUAUAAUUUCUUGUGCUCUAAUUUAUGCUAUUAUGCUAUUAUCUGUUAUUUCCUGUGCUUUGAUUAUUCUAUGUUAUCUGUGUCACUUGCGUUACUUCAUUUCCAUAUUGCUUUGAAUCUCUUAGCCGUAUCUGACCUCUUUUUAUGUUUUUAUUGAGCCGAGGGUCUCUCGGAAACAGCCGUCCUACCUUGGUAGGAGUAAGGUCUGCGUACACUCUACCCUCCCCAGACCCCACGUUGUGGGAUUUCACUGGGUUGUUGUUGUUGUUGUUGUUGUAUUUCUAUCCCAAAAAUGUAUAUAGAGUGUUACUAGAGUUGUCCUUUCUUUUAUUUUAGGUCUUUUUCAGUCAAUUGUCCUUGUUAUAAGAGAGGGGAGUGCCUAGUAUGAUUGUGU